UUUUUUCAGCGACCUGCAUCCCACCUGUGCUGCAGAGUAGGCUUCACCCCGCAUCAGAGCUGCCUCCACAUCAGGUCCACCUGUGUAGUAAACAGCGUCCACAGCAACAACAAAUACUGUCAAAAACACAUUUAUGGCAGGAGCAGGGAGCCACAUCUGUUCCAGAUAAUAUUGCUCAGCAUGUGGAUCAGCAGCAGCGGCAGUAGUGGUGCAUGCGAUGUGUGUCGAAGAAUGAAGCGGAGUAUGUCGCCAUGCAGACGAUGAGGCCAUGUCAGAGGUCCUCACUGUAGAUGCGAUCUUGUUUGGGCUCUUGGUCUUCUCUGGAAUCCUGGGAAACAUCUCGGUCAUCCAUGUGGUGUUUCAGUCAGCCAUUGAGAGUCCCUCUCGGAGACUCCCCCCCUCUGACACUAUCCUGGUGCACCUGUCGCUGGCCAACCUGCUGACCUCGCUUUUCCGCACGGUGCCCAUCUUUGUGUCGGACCUGGGCCUGGAUGUGUCCCUGUCUCCGGGCUGGUGUCGAGUCUUCAUGCUGCUGUGGGUGUGGUGGCGGGCGGUGGGCUGUUGGGUGACUCUGGCGCUCAGCAUGUUCCACUGCACCACCCUGAGGCGUCAGCACGUGAGCUUUGGACCCCUCGCCCAGCAGAGGGAGAGGCGGCGGGUCUGGAUCGUCCUGGGGCUGGUGUGGGGGGGGAACCUGGUCUUUUCGAUCCCGGCUCUGGUGUAUUCCACUCACGUCCACGGCAACGCCACCGUGGAGCUGAUGGUGAUCAGCUGCACCACAAGGCCUCUGCUCGGCUGCAUCUGGGAGUUCCCGUCCAACGAGCAGGGUGCGGCCUUCGCCUCCACCUCGCUGGCCUUUAAUGAGGUGCUGCCGCUGGUGCUGAUGGUCGGCACCAACCUGGCCACGCUCCACGCUCUGGCGAAACACAUCCGAGCUGUGACCGCGGGGGGAGAGUCGGGAGGGACCCACGGGGAGCUGGACAAACACGUGGCCACUGAGCGGAAAGCAGCCAAUGUGAUCGUGUCGCUCGUGUCGCUCUUUGUGGUCUGCUGGGCGCUGCAGGUCGCCGCGGUGACGUAUUACAACCACGAUGGAGGACACCACGCUGAAGGGCUGCUGACCGUGGCCCACUUCUCUGCCUCGCUGUUUGUAGGGUUCAGUCCCAUGGUGGUGGCCCUCGGACACGGCAAGCUGAGGAGGAGAAUCACCGGCAUGAUGCUGGGGUGGUCUAAAUAUUUUAAAAGUCACAGUGAGGACACUGGAGUGGGGGGCGAAUCUCCAGACACCGAAGGACAGAAGGGAAAGCAGACCUUUUUUGUCGUCGAGAGAAAGGUCAUGAAAGUUAAAGCAAAGAAAUGAUGGAAGGAAAGGGUGACUGCGUUGAAAAUCAAGGACUGUUAAAUAUCUCAACAUUUGAAUGGCGAGGCUCGCACUCCAUUUCCUCUGGACAGAACUGUUGUCAAGUAUUAUUACGUUUAUUUUGAGAUGUUUAAUGCAAGUCAAACUGAGACACAGUGUGUUGGCGGAGUCAGAAAUCAUCGCAGAGCUGAGCUGAGAUACUAAUAAUCCCUUGAUUUUUCUUUUGUCUGUGCUGUCAGUCAAGUCGACUUUAGUUGUACAAGCCCAUAGUGUGUACAAUUUCCACUCUGAUGAAGACACGGGUUAGUCAGUAAAUUAAAGUGUGUUGGUCCUGAUUUGUGUG